UAGACUUCAUUGCUUCCUUUGUUUUUCGAUUUCAAACUUUGAAAAAAGAGAAAAAGUCCAAGUUUUUCAAGUGGAAGAAUAAUAAAAUUUCGUUUUUUACUUGGUUUUGAGCUUUGGGUUUUGAUUUUUGGUUCUUAAGAAACAAGAAUUUCCAGGUGGAAUUUGUUUUCCUGAAGAGCUAAAUUUGAUUCUGGUGUUGAAGUUUAUUGUGUCAUUUUGAAAAAGUUUUGUGCAAACUCAUUGCAGAUAAAUAUUCUUUCCCCCCGAAAUCUUGUUAUCACAGUGGAAGCUGAUGCAAACUCAUUGCAUGGACUCGCGCCUCUGUAGAUACGGUGUGGUUGCCGCUGGCUUAUCCUACCCAACCUCUUAUUCAUCUGUUCCUUCGGUACCUAAUAUGUUGAUUAUUUCUUCGAAAUCCGACAUAGGAAACUCAUCACCGGUCUCAUUCUUUUCAACUAAACUUGAUACCAACACAGCGUUGAGUGACAGCCAGGAGCAGUAUAACUCCACAGAUAAUCUCUCCGGAUGUGCUUCUUGUAACUCUUCGCUUGAAUCUAACUCUUAUUUCCAUCAAUCGAGUCCCUCUCCAAACUGCAAGCAUGAAAACUUACCGGUCUGUUCUGGUGGAACUUCUUAUAUACAAGAUGCGAAUUCUAGCCACGAAAUAACAUAUGCUUUACAGGAGCUAGAGACUGCACUUAUGACACCCGAUGAGGCCGAUGAAGUAACCAAUAGAACGCAGACAACAGGCCAGCAAUCUAGGGCAUCAGGUCCAGAGUGCCAAGGAUCUUUUGUGUGUCAACCUUGGACAUCCUUUGUUUCAAAGCAUAGGCUAUUAACGGAAGCUGCUCCUGUUGAAAAACUUCUGAAAGCAAUAGAGGAUAUGCCUUUCCAGAGUAGUUCACCGGGGAAUCUAAAGCAGUUGUUGAUUGCGUGUGCUAAGGCUCUCUACGAGAACAAUAUUGAUGAGUUCAAUAUGUUGAUUGCGAAGGCCAGGGCUUCCGUGUCUAUCUAUGGAGAGCCAAUUCAGCGACUUGGUGCUUACAUGGUGGAAGGGUUGGUUGCAAGGAAGGAGGCAUCGGGGUCUAACAUAUAUCGAGCCCUUCGUUGCAAAGAACCUGAAGGCAAGGAAUUGCUCUCGUACAUGCAUAUCCUCUAUGAAAUUUGUCCGUACUUGAAGUUCGGCUACAUGGCUGCCAAUGGGGCCAUUGCUGAAGCAUGCAGAACUGAAGAUCGGAUCCACAUAAUCGAUUUCCAGAUUGCUCAGGGAACACAAUGGAUGACCCUCUUGCAAGCUCUUGCAGCCAGACCCGGUGGAGCUCCAUAUGUACGGAUUACAGGAAUCGAUGAUCCCAUUUCUAAAUAUGCUCGUGGUGGUGGAUUGGAAGCGGUUGAAAGACGUGUAAUGGCACUAGCAGAGAAGUUCAAUAUUCCAGUUGAGUUUCAUGGGAUGCCUGUUUUUGCACCGGAUAUCACAAGGGACAUGCUCGAUGUCAGGCCCGGGGAGGCUCUCGCUGUCAACUUCCCGCUGCAGCUACACCACACACCCGACGAGAGCGUUGAUGUGAACAAUCCUAGGGACAGAAUUCUCCGAAUGGUAAAGUUGCUUUCACCCAAGGUUAUCACCUUGGUUGAGCAAGAAGCAAACACGAACACGGCCCCUUUCCUCCCCAGGUUCAUCGAGACUCUGGAGUACUACUCGGCAAUGUUUGAGUCCAUAGACGUGACACUGCCGAGGCACAGAAAGGAAAGAAUUAAUGUCGAGCAGCACUGCCUUGCCCGGGAUAUCGUGAACAUCAUUGCCUGCGAGGGAAAGGAGAGGGUCGAACGCCAUGAGCUGUUUGGCAAGUGGAAGUCUAGGCUAACAAUGGCCGGUUUCCGACCAUACCCUUUAAGCUCUUAUGUGAAUUCAGUGAUAAGAGGCCUGCUAAAGUGUUACUCCAAACAUUACACGUUGACGGCUAAAGAUGGUGCAAUGUUGUUGGGGUGGAAGCACCGGAACCUUGCAUCAGCUUCUGCUUGGCGCUGUGAUAGUUGAAAUUCAUA